CCAACGGUAUAUGAAAAUGACGUUUGUUUUCCAUUUGGUACGAUGAUAAAUAUAUUGUUUCCAAAUAUACACCCAAUUCUACAUUUCUUUCCUGCCCAAAAAAAUGGAUCUUCCCUUGUAUUGUGUUGUUGUUCCUUUCUUUGUUUUCACUUUCUUUCUUUAUAAGUGCUUCUUUACUACUUCCAAUAAUCAAAAUAAGUUACCACCAUCUCCAAGAAAGCUCCCAAUCAUAGGAAAUUUGCAUCAACUUGGGUCGCAUCCUCACCGUUCUCUCCAUAAACUAUCGAAAAAAUAUGGUCCAGUCAUGCUACUUCACUUUGGCAGUAAGCCAGUGAUAGUUGCUUCUUCUGUUGAUGCUGCUCGCGAUAUCAUGAAAACCAAUGAUCUUGUUUGGUCAAACAGACCUAAAUGUAAAAUGGCUGAUAGACUCCUGUAUGACUCCAAGGACGUGUCUUUUAGUCCGUAUGGUGAAUACUGGAGACAAAUUAGAAGUGUUACGGUGCUUCAUCUUCUCAGCAACAAAAGAGUCCAAUCUUAUCGUCAUGUGAGAGAGGAAGAAACAUCAAACAUGAUUGAUGAAAUCAGGAAAAGGUGUGAUUCAGUGAUAGACUUGAGAGAUGUUUUAUGUUGUAUGACUAAUAAUAUAAUUAACCGUGUGGCUUUAGGGAGGAAAUAUAAUGAUGGGGAAAGUGGAAUAGAUGCUAAGGCCACUCUAAAUAAGUUUGUGGAACUUUUAGGUACUUUUAAUGUAGGGGAUUAUAUUCCAUGGCUUGAAUGGGUCAAUAGAAUCACCGGUCUUGACAACAAAGUGGCGAAAGAAUUGGAUACAUUUUUGGAGCUCGUGAUUGAAGAACACAUGCUUAGGAACGAGAAAGGAGAAAAUCGCGCUGGUGAAGCUAAAGACUUGGUGGAUGUUUUGUUGAAAAUUCAGAAUGGAAAUGAAACUGGCAUUCCUCUUCAAAGGGAUUCAUUGAAAGCUCUUCUUUUGGAUACGUUUUCUGCUGGCACGGAUACUAUAUAUACAGCUUUGGAGUGGACAAUGACAGAGCUAUUGAUGCAUCCAAGAGCCAUGGAAAAAUUACAGAAUGAAGUGCGAGGAUUAGCCCAAGGGAAAGCAGAGGUAACAGAGGAUGACUUAGGAAAUAUGCACUAUCUCAAAGCAGUGAUCAAAGAGACUUUCAGGCUUCAUCCACCGGUUCCACUGCUAGUUCCUCGAGAAUCAAUGGAAGAAGUAAAAUUACUAGGCUAUCACAUACCUGCAAAAACUCAAGUCAUUAUUAAUGCUUGGACAAUUGGAAGAGACCCGUUGUCAUGGGAUGAUCCAGAGGAUUACCGCCCAGAUAGAUUUUUAAAUAGUAAUAUUGAUAUCAAAGGAUUAAACUUUGAGGUGAUACCGUUUGGAGCAGGCAGAAGGGGCUGCCCGGGAACUGUUUUUGCUAUUGUGGCGAUUGAGCUAGCAUUAGCAAGGAUUGUGCAAAAGUUCAAUUUAGCAUUACCAAAAGAAGAAGAAUUGGACAUGACUGAAUGCACUGGCCUCACUAUUCGUAGAAAAUCACCUUUGCUAGCAUUGGCGACUCCAUACUCUACUUAAUUAGUUCAUAUUUUUGCCAUAUGAAGUGUAUUGGUCUACUCUCUUAUUUUAACAUGUUUGGCAGAUAAUAUUAUUAUUUAUAACUAGGUCAAAAAGAUAAUCAUAUGAAAUGAAUGUAUUGUAAUAUUAUUCAUUUUUCUUAUU